CACGGAGCUCAUAGGACUCCGUGCCAUUUCACUUCACUGAUAUGAAGCUGGGAAGUAUCAAUUGAUUCACUUCGCUCUUUUUUCUUGCAGUCUUGGCGAUGUUCGACGACAAUUGAUGCAAGGGAUGCGAGGAUGAGUUGACGUAUUGGGCCAGGCCUCGGGAUAUUAUCAACCGACUAGAAGCGGUGAAUCUGGACUUCCGAAGAACAUACAAUUGAAGAAGAAGGAUUUAAAGAGCAAAAAUGGCUCUGUUCAAGAUCCAGGAUGGGGUUACAAGGGGGUAUUAUCUCCCUUCGUUUCGUGAUGAAGUCUCAGUUUCAUCUUCGGGUUUCUGGGACCCAACCAAUGCUCGUUUCACACCUGAAGCUUUGCCAUACGUCUCAGCUAUUCCUGCUGUAGUAGCAGCUCUCAUCCUUCUUGGCUACAUCUUCAAGCUCCUGCCAAAAGGAGUCUUGACGCCGAGAUGGACCGAGCCGUUUGUCGAGGAACCGAAGGAGAUUAUGGAUGACCUUACUUCGAAAGAGAAGCCAAGUUUUGGAAGACUGACUUUGGCUCUUUUCGUUGUUUCAGUCGUUGGCCUUGGGCUUCAGACCUUGACGGUCUUUUACCCUACGUUUCGAUCCUUGAUGGUAUAUCCUGCUGCAUCUUGGGGUGUUGCCUGUCUCCUUAUUGCAAUAUGCCGACCUGUGACUACGCCAAAGUCACUUUUGAUUCUAUAUUGCACAAUUGCUGCAACUCAACUUAUUGUUCUUGUUGAUGGCACUAUACGCCUCAGCGAGAAGGAUGUUCCAACGAUUCUUGCGAUCCUCACUUCUAUGGUCUCCAUCGCCAUUAUCCUCAUCAUGCCAAUACGACACCCAUCUCGCCCCUCAACUUCCAUCAGCGCUCCUUUUAGUGAGCCAACGUCUUCUCUUCGCAGUCCAGAAGACAAUAUGACUCUGCUUCAGUUCAUGACCGUCUCGUGGAUGAAACCUCUAAUUGAGGUUGGGAAUAAGAGACAGUUGAACGAUGACGAUGUCUGGGGACUUGGUUAUGAGUUCAAGCAUAGGAUGUUGCAUGAUGGAUUCAGAGAACUAAAGGGCAGUGUUUUGAGAAGAUUGCUUGAAGCGAAUGGGAUUGAUCUUGUUAUCAUGAGUGUGUUAGCUAUUAUUGAGUUGGCAGCUAAUUUUUCAGUACCGGUUCUGCUUCAAAAGAUUCUGCAGAGCAUGGAGAAUCCGUUAGCACCGAGACGAGCAGCUCUCAAUUACGCCGUCUUGUCAUUGGUAGUUCGGCUCAUCGUCGCUCAGUCGUCAGUCUUCACAUUAUGGUUUGGGAGACGUGCGUAUGAGAGGUCGAGAGGAGAGAUGAUCACGAUGUUAUAUGAGAAAACUCUUUCGAGAAAGGUUGUGAGUCUCAGCAGCAAACCUGUUGCGGAAGCGAACGGGGAGGGGCUUGCGAACGGCAACGGGAAUGGGAAUUUCAAGCAUGAGGACUCGUCUCGUUUGGGGAAAGUUAGGAAUUGCUUGAUGAUGCCAUUUCGUUGGUUGAGCGUCAAGUCGAAGUCGAAAAAGGCCAAGAAAAAGGAUACGGCGUCAAUGGGAAAGAUUAUGAAUCUCAUGCGUUUCGAUGCUUAUGAAGUUGCUCAAAGAUUCUGGGAAUUCUCCUCGAUAGUCUCACAGCCACUGGCCCUCAUCUUCUCAGUCGUUCUCAUUUGGCGCCUCCUCGGCUGGCCCUGCCUGAUAGGUAUAAUAACAGUUUUCUUCGCCCAGGCUGUCAACGCUCUGCUUGCCCGCGCCCUCUUGUACUGGGAGCGAGAACGCCGGGUAGCAACUGAUACCAAACUCCACAAAAUCUCGCAACUAGUAGAUGCUAUCCGCCAUCUUCGAUACUAUGGCUGGCAAGAUGUUUGGCUCACUAGAAUUAUGGAAUCAAGACAGCACGAGUUGAAGCUCAGAAUUAUCACUAGUAUCUGGAGGAUCCUCAUCAGUUUCACGAAUACAUUUGCCAGUGGCAUGUUUCCCGUCGUGGCUUUUUGGGCGUACACGGUGCUGGCAGGACAGCCACUGAGGGUUGAUAUUGCGUUUCCUGCGUUGCAGCUUUUUAGUAUGCUGGAGACUAGUUUGAGAGAUUUGCCGAACCUUAUAACAGUACUUUUGAACGCCAAAGUCUCCGUGGGGCGAUUGGAGGAGUUCAUGAGAGAACCAGACAAAGAAGAAACCGAUUUUACACCAAGUAGCAAGAUUGAGAUGAAGCACGCUUCUUUCGCUUGGCCGGGUUCCAAAGAGCCCGUUUUACGCGACAUCAACUUAUCUUUCGAGCCUGGUCUCAAUGUCAUUUGCGGCGAAGUUGGAGCUGGCAAGACAGCGCUCUUACAAGCUUUGCUUGGUGAGCUCGAUCAACUGGAUGGCGAAUAUCAUCGAACAAAUGAGAUGGUGGGGUAUUGUGGCCAAACUCCGUGGUUACAGAGCAUGAGUAUCCGUGAGAAUAUUCUGUUUUCGGCUCCGUAUGAAGAGGCCCGGUACAGACAGGUUCUGGAAGCCUGUGCUUUGAUCCCAGACAUGGCCAACUUCAAGCAUGGUGAUUUGUCCAUGGUGGGGGAGAAUGGAGUUGGGUUGUCAGGAGGACAGAAAGCUCGUGUCUCUUUGGCAAGGGCUAUUUAUUCGAAAGCCAAUAUCCUUCUCCUGGACGACCCACUUUCGGCCCUGGAUCAUCAGACCGCGGAUUACAUUGUUCGAAGAUGCAUCGCCGGACCACUAGUGAGAGAUAGAACGACUAUUCUAGUUACACAUCGCACCGAAUUGUGUCUUGGAAUGGCACAACAAGCCGUUCAAAUUGACAAUGGCCGAGCUACACUCCUCGAUCCAGACACGAUUCCUUUCGAAGAGCUUCACCGCAUGAAAUCUUCAGACUCGGCAAAUGAAGAUGGUGGGGAAGAGAAACAAGUUGAGACCUCAGCACCAGACAAAUUCAUUGAAGAAGAGUUCCGUGCCCAUGGUGGAGUUCAAGCUUCAGUGUAUUGGGAGUACAUCAAAGCAGGAAAACUGAAAUGGUGGUUCGUCCUGAUCGUCGCACUUGCUUUGUACCGACUUAUCGAGGUUGGAGAAACUUGGUUCUUGAAACAGUGGGGUGAGGCAUAUGGUUCCGAAGUAAAAGAACAAUCAUCAGGACCAUUCGAUGAUCUUCCCUCACCUGAAGUCGACAUUCGCCCUUGGCUCAUUGGUUUCUUCUUGCUCGCUGCAGCUCAGUCAAUAGCCUUCUUGGUCUCUCAAGGCUUCAUGUUGGUCAUCAUCUAUAAAGCUGGAAAAGAGCUUUUCGAAAGAGUCAUGACGAUGGUUACUCAUGCUACUUUCCGAUUUUACGAUAUCACACCUGUCGGACGUUUGAUGAAUCGUCUCACAUCUGAUAUCAAUACCGUGGAUGGUAAUAUCAGCAACCAGUUCCAGAAUGUUGCCAUGCUAUCUAUUGCCUGGAUAUCGUCGAUUGUAGUCAUUGGAUCGGUCACAUCUCUCUUCUUGGUCUUUGCCAUUGGAUUGACAAUUGGAUUUGUUAUUAUAUUCCUACAUUUCCUUCCAACUUCACAAAGUCUUCGCCGUCUGGAGAUGGUAUCAUUGACUCCUCUGAUCUCAAACUUCGGAGCUCUAACAGAUGGCCUAACGACAAUUCGAGCAUACUGCGCCUCGUCUCGCUUCCAAGACCGAGUUAUUGCGGUCACCGAUAAUUUCCAGAAAAUGGACCACUUCUAUUGGAGUCUUCAAGCUUGGCUCAUGUAUCGAUUCGAUACCCUCUCUGCCACAUCAACAUUCAUCCUUACCGUGCUCGCUCUAUACACUGGCGUAUCAGCUGGCCUCACGGCAUUUGUUCUCACAGCAUCAUCGAAAUUCGUAAAUUCAACCCAUGCUCUCUGCAAACAAUAUGGCCAACUCCAAAUGGACUUCGUCUCGGUUGAACGUGUCGUCGAACUCUUACACCUCGAACAAGAAGCACCAGGGAAAGUUGAGCCACCAGCCUAUUGGCCAUUAUACGGCAGCGACAUCGUCUUCGAAAAUGUUACAAUUCGAUACGCUCCUCAUCUCGAUCCAGCAUUGACAGAUGUCUCCUUAACAAUCAAAGGUGGUUCAACCACUGCAUUGAUCGGCCGCACAGGUUCAGGAAAGAGCACGCUGGCACUUUCCCUCCUUGCUACUACCCUCCCAACAUCUGGUCGGAUUCUGAUAGACGGAAUCGACAUCUCGACAGUAAACCUGCAAGCACUACGCAAACGAGUAACAUUCCUCGCCCAAGAACCCGUCUUAUUUCCCGGCACGAUGCGACAGAACCUCGACCCGCUAGAGGAGUACAGCGACGUAGAAUGCUCCUCCGUACUCUCCAAGAUCGCUGCUCGUCACGAAUGGAGUCUGGACACACAUAUUGAUACUGGAGGCAAGAAUCUAAGUCAAGGACAGAGACAGUUGGUGGGAUUAGCGAGGGCGUUGUUGAGGCGGAGUCCGAUUGUGGUUAUGGAUGAGGCGACGGCGAGUAUUGAUCGGGAGACGGCGGGGAGGAUACAGGAGCUCUUGAGGAGUGAGAUGAAGGAAAGCACCGUUAUUACGAUUGCGCAUAGGGUGGAGGCCGUUAGGGGGGCUGAGUAUUGUGUUGUGCUUGGGAAGGGGAGGAUUGAGGAGGUUGGGAGGGCGAGCGAGAUGAAGGGGAGGAUGGAGUGAGUGGGUGAGUUUGUUAGGAAUAGAAUGGGGAAACGGUGAGAUGAUCUGCGAUAUGAUGGAUCUCAACUCUUACUUGAAAAUAUAG